GAAGCCGAUCCUACUGCAGGGCCAUGAGCGGUCCAUUACGCAGAUCAAGUAUAACCGCGAGGGCGACCUCCUCUUCACCGUGGCCAAGGAUCCUAUCGUCAAUGUCUGGUACUCUGUGAACGGCGAGAGGCUGGGCACCUACAUGGGCCAUACGGGAGCUGUGUGGUGCGUGGACGCUGACUGGGACACCAAACAUGUCCUCACUGGCUCAGCUGACAACAGCUGUCGUCUCUGGGACUGUGAAACAGGGAAGCAGCUGGCCCUACUCAAGACCAAUUCAGCUGUCCGGACUUGUGGUUUUGACUUCGGAGGCAACAUCAUCAUGUUCUCCACUGACAAGCAGAUGGGUUACCAGUGCUUUGUGAGCUUCUUUGACCUGCGGGAUCCAAGCCAGAUCGACAACAACGAGCCCUACAUGAAGAUCCCUUGCAACGACUCCAAGAUCACCAGUGCCGUCUGGGGACCCCUGGGGGAGUGCAUCAUUGCAGGCCAUGAAAGUGGAGAGCUCAACCAGUACAGUGCCAAGUCUGGAGAGGUAUUGGUAAACGUGAAGGAGCACUCCCGGCAAAUCAAUGACAUCCAGUUAUCCAGGGACAUGACCAUGUUUGUCACCGCAUCCAAAGACAAUACAGCCAAGCUCUUUGACUCCACAACCCUUGAACAUCAGAAGACUUUCAGAACAGAGCCCCGUGAACUAGCCGCCCUCUCCCCCAACUACGACCACGUGGUGCUGGGAGGCGGUCAGGAAGCCAUGGAUGUGACCACAACCUCCACCAGGAUUGGCAAAUUUGAGGCCAGGUUCUUCCACUUAGCCUUUGAAGAAGAGUUUGGAAGAGUCAAGGGUCACUUUGGACCUAUCAACAGUGUUGCCUUCCAUCCCGACGGCAAAAGCUACAGCAGUGGCGGCGAGGAUGGCUACGUCCGCAUCCACUACUUUGACCCUCAGUACUUUGAAUUUGAGUUUGAGGCGUGAGAAGCUGGAUCUCCAUCCGGAUAAGAAAGCUGCUCACCAAAUUCUGGACUCUGAUAAAUAAAUUUGUUUGUUAAUAAAUGGUUUCUGGGCAGGUA